AAGAGGGAGGGAGAGAGAGAGAGGAGCCCGGCCGGAGUGAAGCCAGGUCACUGACGCGCGUCCUCACUGAUAUGGACACCGGAGAAGGAUACUGAACAUCCAGGAACCAUGCCUACUGUCCUCGGUGGCAAAGGGAAACUUUCCAUUGUCUGCUUUUUGCUCCGAUACGCAUAUUCUCAGGGAAAAAGAAGCCAACACAAGUACUGUGCCAAAGAUAUUCUCGAGGACAUGACCCAGUCCUGGCCAUCCCAGCAAGCCUUGAGGGGGGACCAGGCUCAGCCAAUCCUCUAUAACGCCAAGGAUGCAAAACAUUCAGCCGCACAGCACAGGCAAAGUCGGGGGGAUGCUCAGCAGCGAAUGGCUUGCCAUCCUUACGUUGCACCUCACAAAUCAAUGCUUGCUGACGACCUGAAGUUAAGCAGUGAUGAAGAUGACACUCAGAGGGCCAUUCAUGAGUCAGCUUCCUGGGACAGACACAGCCUGUCGGCACAGCGAGCAUACACACAUGGCAGGAGGGUGAGACAUUCCAGCUCAGACUCCUCAGACUCAGACUCCUCUGCAGAGUCAGCCAGCAGCAGCAGCACCAGCCUUCAUUCUCGCGGCCCAAGUCCAGAUCUUCACCUAGAUCCUCAGUCACCCACAAACACGCAACUACUAUGCAACAACAAGGAGACUGAUCAUCGUUGGCAGUUAGAUAAAUGGCUGAAAAGGUCAAAGAAAAAAUCUGCCAGGACUGAUCAAGAUUUCUCGCAAACUAUUGAAGAACCCCAUGUCUCUCCCUUAAGUCAGAGAGCGCCUUCACCAGCCAGGUCAUGGGACAGCAAUCAGGAGUACAGCCCUAGCCAAACCCCCAUUCCAAGUCCACAAUUCAGUUACAGUCACAAUAACAGCCCAAUUCCCAGCCCUGGUUACAGCUACUGCGCAAGUCCCAGCCCAUUCCCCAGCACCUGUCCAAGUCCUACCCCUAGUCCACGGCACAGCCCACUUCCAAGUCCAGUUCCAAGUGUUUGCCCUAGUCCUUGUGGAACUCCAAGAAUCAGUCGAAGCCCAAGCCCUAUACCUAAACAUCCCCCAAGAAGUCCAAGUCCCAGUUUAUCUGCUCCAUCGAGGGGUUUUCACUACCUUGGGGGUCAGAACCAGAACCAGUCACAUUCUAUUCUAACGUCUACCCCCCACAGAACUAAAAUAAGACCAGGGAUUGCUCCAUUGCCUACCACCAAUUCAAAGAGUAAGCCCACAGGUAACAGUCAAUUUCAACCAUCUUAUCAGCACAAGCCCAAGAAUCACCCCACACAGGACCAAGUCCAAAGCCAAAGCAGGUUGAAAGGUUCUGUAGGUUUAAACUCCCAACCAAAUCCCAACCAAAAAUUUACACCCAAACCUACGUCAUAUCCAAGAACUAAACAGCUCUCUGACGGUCCCAAAACAAAAAAUCUAACACAUUUUGAUCAAAUCCAAGGCAACCAAUCCAAACCAAAGCCACAGCCACCAUUUCAACAGCCUUUACAGCACAGCCCCCAAAAAUCAAAGCAUUUAGUGCCCACUGGCCGGGAUACCAGCACAGUUUCCAGUAGUCACCCCCAGUCUACUUGUAACACUACUAACAAUUCUGUUACUGUGUCAAGCUCUAGACCCAUUUCUAACCUUAUACAUUGGACAAAGCUGUGGGAGACUGCAGACCCAAACGUUACGCAUGCAAGCAAUGCCAAAACCUCACAAAGGAAGCUCCAACCUAAGAUACAGGAAGUGGAUCAGAGAAGAACUCAUCUGACCCAAACAGAGAGGAGAAUACAAGAAAGAAAGGAGGAUAGACAUCGUGAAAAACAACAAGGGAAACUAGAACGAAAGGAAGACAGAAGGCUGGCGGAGGAGCAGCUACUAAGACGUCCCUGGAUCCAAAGUUUGGCAGAAGAAGGGGAGGAAGAGGAGGACAGAACAACAGAAAAGCACAGUGGAAGAAAGGAUACAGCAAGAGGGGAAAAUAGGAGGAAGGAGGAGCAGACAAAGGAAGAAUGGAAAAUAGUCAAACAACAAGUGCCUGCUAACAACAAACAGCACCGCCUGCGAGAGGGUUUAAACUCUCAAGUGAGGACAAAAAAGGGAAGGAGAUGUGAGGAGGACAGAGAGGUACACGAAGACCUAUCACCCCGAAUAUCCACACAUCCUGCAACUCCCCAAAGACCAUCCAUCAACUCCUCUUCAUCAUUAUCUUCCACAACCCCUUCCAAUUCAGACUCUGAAUCCGAAUGUCUUCCUUCAGUCACCAAGGUUUCAGCUGAGUCCACUUCUCACAGAAGAGUUACCAAGACAGGGAACCUAGCUCCAGGCAGACCUGACACCACCAGGUCUAAGGUUGUACAGCCAAGACGACCUAGCUCAGGUAAUCCAUGUGAGGGGCAGCAAAGUGAGGCAAAGCAAAGGCUCUACACGCUGGUCCCAUUUGGGCGAGGGGAAAAAGCUCCUUCUACUGCCCAGCGGGGGCUAAGAAAUCUGGUGGUGCAGAUAGACCUCUGUCUUCUCAAGAGAGUUCCGGAAAGCCCUACAAACUCCACUGCUAAAAUCCCUUCCCCUUCCAAAUCUUCUUCAUCGACUAAGGAAAAGCCUAAAGAGGUUAUGAAGCACAUUUAUGACCUUGAGACUUCAACUAAAGACAGCAAAAGGAAACGCAAGCUGGAGAAUGGUGUGACACAGAGAGAAACCAAAAGGAGUCUCCUUUAUCCAAACGAGGCCCCAGGGCAGAAAGAACCUUCAUCAUUACCGGCUGAGAACAUUGUUACAGAGACGGUGCACAAUGGAUACCUGGAGGAGUACUUGGACAACAAGAGACCAGUUUCUCCCUUGUCUCCACUGCCCCAAAGCCCUGAACCCACCAAGCCUGCCUCCAAAGCAAAGACAACAGCCGAACAGCAGCAGCCCCGCGCGAAUAAGAGCAAAGACAAGAACAGAGAUGUAGCUGUAAAGCCUAAGAUGGAGGUGGAGUGUGUAAAAGUAUCAAGGCAGCCUCAGCCACCGUCUGAGUCCACCUGGGGACCUGCUGGCCACAGAGGGACGGUACCAAGCGAAGAAAUUUCUCACCAUGCUGAAUACUACUUACAUGAAGCUAAACGGAUGAAGCACCGUGCUGAUGCUAUGGUGGACAAGCUCGGAAAAGCUGUUAACUACAUUGAUGCCGCUCUGUCCUUCAUGGAAUGUGGGAAGGCGAUGGAGGAAGGGCCACUCGAGGCAAAGUCUCCAUUCACCAUGUAUUCUGAGACAGUGGAGCUAAUCAGGUACGCAAUGAGGCUCAAGAGCCACUCUGGUCCUGGUGUGAGACAGGAAGACAAACAGCUGGCGGUCCUGUGUUAUAGAUGCCUUGCCCUCCUUUACUGGCAGAUGUUCCGCUUAAAAAAGGAUCAUGCACUAAAGUACUCCAAAGUGCUGCUCGACUAUUUCAAGGGUUCUCCCAAAGUGCCUACAACACCACCCGGCUGGAUGGACUCUGAGAAGGGUACAACAGGACUCUCGUCCUCACUGUCACCCACUGCAAAACACCACAGACGGGGUUCAAAUGGGGGCAGCAGCGCCGCAUCUCUCAUAAGCAUCCCCCAGCGCAUCCACCAGAUGGCAGCAAACCACCUGACCAUCACCAACAGUGUCCUGUACAGCUAUGAGUACUGGGAGGUGGCAGACAACCUUGCAAAGGAGAAUAAAGAAUUCUUCAAUUACUUGAAUACCUUAUCUGGGCCAUUGACUCUUCACAGUAGCAUUGCUCAUGCUGUCCAAUACACCAGGCAGGCUCUUCAGUGGAUACGUAUUAGUGCCAAACUGAACUGACUCUGGAAGAGAGGAUUUCUCCUUAACCGACCAAGCUGCUCCUCAGACUUAAUUCCACUGCAGAAGAGUACAAACUCUGCAGAUCUCCGAGCCGCUGAGAGGACAGCACUGAUAAUCAAUGUGGUGUGUGAAAAUGGACACAGAAAUAAAAUCCCACCGAGCCACAGACUGUUCUUGCUGUACGUUGGGAUGUGAACACCAGCAUUAUGUGUGCAAAGCCUUCUAAAGGACCAGUUUUACAACCUUCUCCCUCGCUGUUGGAUUAAUCUGAAGACUUGUGUGUUCUGCGGCUGAUUGAGGCCUCUAAACCUUUGCCAAAUGUAUCCUGAAUCUCAAAGAAGAAAUGAGCGAGACAUGUUUGUGUUUUAGACUUUGUUGUUGUUCAGCAAAGCUUAUCUCUGGGUGCAAAACAAGAGAAAAUGCUCAAAAAAAAAGACUGAUGGACCAUGUAUGUCUCUCAAGGAGGGUAAAUUCUCUAAGUGAUUUUUCCUUUACAGUAUAUUAUAUUUUCACUUUUUAUGUUUUUUACUGUGCAAUAUUUGAUAGAUCAUCUUCUUUGUAAGAAAAAAUAAACUGGAUAUGAAGAAUA